UUCCCAAGAACCCCAUUUGUUCAUUUUUGGUUCUUGAUUAGUUAAUAGAAAGAAAAAUUGAAUCUUGUUUUACGAUGAUGUGAAUUUUUGUUGGAUUUUCUUUUGUGGGUGUCUGGAAAAAUUAGUAAUUUUUAAUGUUUUUGGGUGUCUGGAAAAAUUUGUAACUUCUGGCAGAAAUGCAAGGAAAGACUGCGUGCAGUAGACUUGUGGUCCGGCUAUGUUGCUCGAACUCUUCAAUCAUGUCAACGGGUGGGUGUUGGAUUCGCCAAAACUAGUGUAUUUAUGGAGAAUCCGACACGGGUGCGGAGAGUCCGCGCAACUUAAUGGUGCUAUAUUUGAUCUCGGUAGAAGUGAGGAAAUGGACACUACACAUGAAGCACUAGAUGAGCUGAGGCACAAUGAUGAUAGGCUUUUCGAGAUAGAGGAGGUGAACAGGAAACUUGUGGAUCAACUUAAAUGGAAGAAGGAACAGUUCAGUCACUUGGAGGAGGCUCAAGGCAAGCUCAGGCAACAGCUUAAAAAGUACGAAGAUGAUUAUAAAGGGAUGGCGUUGGCUCUAGAUGGUGCAACUGCAACUAAUUUGGAUAAAGACCAACAAAUUCUUUCUCUCAAACAAGAAAUUGAGGGGCUAAGGGAAGCUGUGUCAACUUCGCAGAAAAAAUCCUCAGAAGCUGAGAAGAGCGCGAAGGCAUCCAAAGAGCCGAGGCACAAUGAUGAUAUGCUUUCUGAGAUAGAGGAGGAAAAGAAGAAGCUUGCAGAUCAACUUAAAUGGAAGAAGGAACAGUUCGGUCACUUGGAGGAGGCUCAUGGCAAGCUCAGGCAACAGCUUAAAAAGUAUGACGAUGAUUAUAGAGGGAUGACGUUGGCUCUAGAUGGUGCAACUGCAACUAAUUUGGAUCAAGAGCAACAAAUUCGUAUUCUCAAACAGGAAAUUGAGGGACUAAGGGAAGUUGUAUCAACUUCACAGAAAAAAUCCUCAGAAGCUGAGAAGAGAGCGAAAGCAUCCAAAGAGUCGAGGCACAAUGAUGACAUGCUUUGUGAGAUAGAGGAGGAAAACAAGAAGCUUGCAGAUCAACUUAAAUGGAAGAAGGAGCAGUUUAGUCAUCUCGAGGAGGCUCAUGGCAAGCUCAGGCAACAGCUUAAAAAGUUUGAAGAUGAUUAUAGAGGAAUGGCAUUGGCUCUAGAUGGCGCAACUGCAGCUAAUUUGGAUCAAGAGCAACAAAUUCGUACCCUCAAACAGGAAAUUGAGGGACUAAGGGAAGUUGUAUCAACUUCACAGAAAAGAUCCUCAGAAGCUGAGAAGAGAGCGAAAGCAUCCAAAGAGCCGAGGCAUGAUGAUGAUAUGCUUUUUGAGAUAGAGGAGGAAAACAAGAAGCUUGCAGAUCAACUUAAAUGGAAGAAGGAGCAGUUCAGUCAUCUGGAGGAGGCUCAUGGCAGGCUCAGGCAACAACAUCGAGAGGAGGAGAAAGAAUGGGUAAAGGAGAGAUCCACAUUGCUAGAUGAGAUUUCUAAACUGCAGAUGAAUUUAGAUUCUCAGCUUAGAAUAUCGAAAGAUCUUGAAAGUCGUUUGUGGAUGUGCAAUCAGGCUUUGGCUCAUGAAGAAAGCAGGAGAAAACUGCUGGAAGUUCAACUUGCGGAGUCUAAUACAUCCUUAAACAGUGUCUGCGCGGAGUAUGAGGAAUCCAAGUCUAUAAUUGAGAGUCUGACAAGUCAGAGGGACAAAGAAAUUGCGAAUCUAAGAGACAUAUUGGGUACAAGGGAUGCACUUCACAAGGAAAUGGAGUACCAAUUCAGGAGGGUAGAGCAAGAGAAUCAUGAAUUGAUGACAUCUGUUAAAGAACUCCAGGAAGCCAAAAUUCAAGAAGCUGGAGAAGCUUCUUCCUUGUCAAAACUCCGAAACAAGCUCAGAGGCCUGGAGGAGGUGCAUAGGGACUGUUUUGGUAAUCUCAAAGCCAAAGAAGCUGAAUGGGCUUCUAAAUUGGAGCGACUAACGGAGGAGAUUGAUCUCUACAAGUCUUCUGUACAGAGCAAGGAUACAUUGAUAACUGAACUUCGAGAGGAGUUGGCGACGUGUGAAUCGUUGACAUUGCAGUUAACUCUACAGAAUGAGGAGACUUCCAUGAUGCUGUUAGUGUUGAAAUCUCAGUUUUUUGAGCUACAUCAAAGAAUUGCUGAUGAUUAUGCUUCUAUGGAGUUGGAAAAGAGAGACGGAGUUGAGAAUAUCUCUACUCUAAUCAAACAGUUGAAUACGAAGAAUGAAGCUCUUGUUAGAGUUCAGGAAGAUCUUGAAGAGCAGCGUGAAAAGGUAGCACUGCUAUCAGAAAAAAUCGAGUCCUUGAAUUCUGAAGAACAACGACAGCUUCCUUUACAAAGAGAGGUUGAUACACUGAAGGAAAUGCUGAAAGAAGCAUCGACUUCUCAAAGUCAUUUGAAGGAGCAGGUAUUGCAUACAAAGAGUGACUUGGAACAAGUCCGUGAUGCCUUGGAUAGAGCAAACGAAGAACUUGCUGAAAGUUUCGGUGAAGGAAAUGAACUGGAAUUUGAACUGCAGUUAUGGAAAUCCGUUGCUGAAAAGUUGAAAGCCAACCUGGAAGAAAACCAUCAGAGGAGGAUACAAGUAGAAGCCUCCCUUCUUGCCCAAGCAGGUCUUGAAUUUGACCUCAAGCAAGAAAGAGAAAGCCUUGAAUUCAAGCUGGCAGAAAAAGAUAGAAGAGUGAAUGAACUCCAGCAGCAGCUGUUCGACUUGAAGGAGGAACUCAAGAGACGGGAACAGACGGCGUUGCUCAGUGAAAAUAUUGAGGACAAGAAUAUCUCUCGGGAUCUUCACAAGGAGGAGUAUUUGGAGCAAGAGUGGGUGAGAAAAGAACUUGAAGGUGCCAUUUUAGCACAAGUGGAAGCAGAAACAAAGCAUAAGAACGAGAAAGAGAGCCUUCACCAGCUUGUUGAAGAGAAAAACCACAUAAUAUAUGAUCUUCAGAAGGAAGUGGAGUAUUUGGAGCAAGAGUGGGUGAGAAAAGAGCUUGAAGGUGCCAUUUUAACACAAGUGGAAGCAGAAACAAAGCAUAAAAACGAGAAAGAGCGCCUCCGCCAGCUUGUUGAAGAGAAAGACCAGAGAAUAUAUGAUCUUCAGAAGGAGGUGGAGUAUUUGGAGCAAGAGUGGGUGAGAAAAGAGCUCGAAGGUGCCAUUUUAACACAAGUGGAAGCAGAAACAAAGCAUAAGAACGAGAAAGAGAGCCUCCGCCAGCUUGUUGAAGAGAAAAACCACAGAAUAUAUGACCUUCAGCAACUUGUUAGCUCGCUGGAAAAUGAGUUUGAAAGUUCAACUAGCUCAUUUUCGGCCAGUCUCACAGAGAUGCAAGCAGAGGUUGAUGUGUUCCAUAAAACCUGGGAGAAGAUGAGAACAGCUGCGAUCUUGAAGGAUAUUGAAAUACAGAUAAGAAACUUGGUGAUCGUUGAACUGGAAAAUGAUUUUUACAAGUUGCAAAAGGAAGUGGAGCACUUGGAGAAACGUUUGUCUAAUUCUGUUAGAAAAAGGACAGACCUUGAAGUUGAGAUGGAAGCAAAAAGAUCAGAGAUAGAUGCAUUGCAGUUUAAUCUUGAAAAGCAAGUACGAAGCGCAGAUAUUGUGAUCAAGGAACUUUGUGGAGAAAAAACGAAGCUUCUUGAAGAUGUCAGGAAAUUGUCAUCAGACAAGGACAAGUUGCUUGACACUUUCGUAGGAUUAUCAGAAAGAAUUAACCGGAUGUCUAAAGAAGAUAUGCAGCUAUCCGAUAGUCUGGAAAAGAUAGUACAAAACUGUGACAGCAGUAUGUCGGGAACAGACUUGAUAUCGGAUAAUGAAUUCUUUGACCCUGUUAAAGAGAACCAUAGCAGACAACACCUUUCCACUCCGACCAAGAGAUUAGAAGCUAUUCUUGAUGAAAGAUCACCGUUGAGAUCUCUCAACAAUUAACAAAGAAAUUCAAAUAGGGAAAGAAGUUAUUUUUUUGUAUAGCUUCUUGACAAUAUUCUUAAUUGUUGUUAUCUUGUCAGCAAUCUGUAACUUGAAAGAACACAUGUACUACUUACUCGAGCUUUGAUUUCAGCAACUUUGUAGUAUUUUUCACUUUGAUUUUUUUAUUCAUGUUCAAGACAGAGUUACAAUUUGGUAAUAAUUUGAUUUCUGAAUUUUGUUAUUCA